UAAGAGCCUGCUGUGUCUCCUCUCCCCGUCCUUACAGUGUGAGACAGCAAAUCUCCGAGAGGGCCUUCACUGCGGACCAGGUCCAUCGACACCAAAUCACCAUGGCAUCCGGUUCAGACCAGGACAAAGACCAAGUGGUUCCCGAAAAAGAUGAUGAUGAUGACGUCCUGGCCGUCCAAGCGCGAUAUCUGCGCAGCCCAUCGCCCAGCAACUUAUCCUUGGCCUCCAGUGCCUAUACCGAGAGUAUUUUUAUGGAGCCGAUUCACCUCUCCUCCGCGGUAGCAGCCAAGAAGAUCAUAAGUGAAGAGCUGAAGACCAAGGAGGUCAAGGUCACCCCAAUGGACCCGGAAUUGCUGGUGUCGGCCGAGCAGCUUCUCGUGGAGGAUCUGUACAACCGAGUCAAAGAGAAGAUAGAUGACAGGAGCCUGUUCAACACCCCCUGUGUCAUGGAUCUGCAGAGAGAAUUGCUGAAGGACCAUAUGGAAUCACCCCUCAACGCUGUGGAUGAAGUCUGGCCCAACGUCUUCAUAGCCGAAAAGAGCGUGGCUGUCAAUAAAGGGCGCCUGAAACGUAUGGGCAUCACGCACAUUCUCAAUGCUGGACACAACACCACCGUCUUUACAGGGCCCGAAUUCUACAAAGGGAUGGACGUCCAGUACAUGGGAGUGGAAAUCGAUGACUUCCCAGACUUAGACAUCUCAAAGUUCCUCCGCCCAGCUGCCGAGUUCCUCGAUGAAGCUCUGCUCACGUACAGGGGUAAAGUUUUAGUGAACAGUGAGAUGGGAAUGAGUAGAUCUGCAGUACUGGUCGCAGCUUAUCUGAUGAUCUUCCAUCACAUGACUAUUCUAGAAGCACUAAUGACCCUACGCAAAAAACGAGCCAUCUACCCUAAUGACGGGUUUAUUAUGCAGUUGCGAGAACUUAAUGAAGCAUUACUGGAAGAUCGUGAAUAUUUUGAUCCCGAUGAAGAUGAUGAAGAUAAAAAUAGUCAAGGCUCUGUCAUACAAGCUAAAGCCCACUCCAUAGUUGUGGAAGAAGAAGACGUGGAGAGCGUCAUGGGUGCCAAGGUUCACUCUAUCACUGUUGUGGAAGAGGACACGGCUAGCAUCAUGGGCAGUGCAAUGAGUCUGAUGGGGAAGUCAAGUGUAGUUUCUAAACAGCCUACGCUCAUCGAUGAAGAUGAAGAGGAAAAGAUUUAUGAAGAGUGGAGGAGAAAACAAGGACUUCCACCAAGGGACACACCGGACAAAGAAAAUGGGCUAGGCCUAACGCUUCCUGAGGAUGGCGAUGUAAGUGAAGAGUAUGUACAACAAAUGGUUUAUAAGUGGCAGAAGGAAAAUGCUAAAUUUCAGUCAUCUGAGCAUGGAGAUGACAGAAGCUCUCUGAUGAGUGAGAGAAGUUAUUCACCAAGUGAAAUUAGUGAUGUAGAAAGCGUCACAUCUCAGGAAAUACGGAUGUUGAAACAACAAUUUGAAGCAAGCAGAAUGAAGAGAAUGACCAGAGGACGUACAGAUUCAGUUUCUACUGACAGCACUUGGGAUAUGUGGAACCAAAGGCUCUUGGAAAUUGAGAAUGAAGUCAAAACCAAAACUGAAAAAGAUGAUAAAAAAAGAGAAAAGGAUAUUGAUGAGAAAAGCCUUUGUUCAGAAGCUGGAUCUUUGUUUAACUUUUGCAAAAACAACAAACAUAAACUUACCCCUUUGGAGAGGUGGAAAAUCAAAAGAAUUCAGUUUGGAUAUCACAAAAAAGAUUCAGAGACUUCAGAUUCUCAAAAUAAAGAGGAAAGUGGUGGCAAAAAAGAAGGUGACGAACUGAGCCAGUCAGACAUUGACGUAACAGCCUACCAAGCAUGGAAGUUAAAGCACCAGAAGAAAGUUGGCAAUGAAAACAAAGAGGAAAUUGUGGAACUUACCAAAGGAGAAGACACGGCAACUGCAAAACGUAAACAAAGAAGGGCAGAGAUCCUGGAACGUUCAAAGCAGAAUCUGGAGGAGAGCCAGUCGAUUUGUGGCUGGGAUAAUGAAAGUUCUAUAAGUGGCAGCAUCCCACUGUCUGCCUUUAUCCAAAGUGCACCUUCAGCUAGUGGUCCUAAUGAGACAGGGUCCGUAUUGAGCAUGCAGAGCAACAGGUCACGACAAUCUCACACAAGGAGUUCUGUAGGCGCAGCACAAGUUCCUACUGUGCUUCCACCAAAUUUACCAUCCGGACCAGUUGAUGCCAUUUCCAUAGCAAGCAUUCAGAAUUGGAUAGCUAAUGUGGUGACUGAAACCAUUGCUCAAAAGCAGAAUGAGAUCAUGAAUAUGUCCCGUGCUCCUUCAGUUCUAAGCAUGAACUCUGGAGAUCCUGGCAGAAAAGCAGAUGAUGAAAGAUCUUCAGUACUUGGUGCAGCCGGAGGUUCUUGUUUGUCUGGUUCUGGAUUUCAGCACCGUGACUUCAAAAGCACAGACUCUGUAUUGUCCUACAACACAUCUAUGAGCGCAAAUACAAAUAUGUCUAGUGCAAAGAGAAAAAUUACCCAAACAAGUGUCCCGCUGUAUGGACUUUUUAUGGAUGAUGUGGAUCUGAAAAAACUCAACCAGAAGGAAAAUGAGAUGAGAGAAGAGUUGACUGGAAAAUUGUCCCAGUAUAGAAAGGAAAAAGUUGAAUCUGACAAUAAGCGUAGUUAUAUGUUCAAGAAGAAAAAAGCUAAAGGCACUGAUGAUGAUGAGGAAGAAGAUAAAGGAAGUAUCUCAAGUGCUAAGUUCCAGAGUUCUAGAUUGUCCUCAAAUCGGGAAUGGGACAAAUGUGAAAAAUCUUCCUAUCUGGGUAAUUGUUCAAAUGUCAAGUCUACAAGUUCAGAAUUAGAAAGAAAUGUUAGUACAUGGCUCAGUGGGGUGAAAACAGAAGGCAGUGCAAUUUCACAAGGGAGAACUUCUGAACGAUACUCAAGAAAAUCAGAAUAUCAGAGAGAGGAGAAUUCUGAAAUCAAUGGCUAUGCCAGGAAGUUACUAGAAGAUGACAAAGAGAUUUCUUCAUCUUAUCAGAGUUACAGAGAAACUAACAGAGCCACGUCGCGAUUUUCAACAUCUUCUGAAGAGGAGACCAGUUACUUCAAGAGUUCUACAGGCAACACGUCUCAAUAUAUGAAGGAUCAGAGAAUAGAGCCAUAUUUUGGUGACCAGUCACAAGAGGCAAAUGAGAAUAUUGAUGUCACCGGUAGUAGAAGACCCAGAACAAGUCAUUUAGAAGAUCCUGAGGAGUCAGAUAAUUCCGAUACGUUUGACUUGGGUUCCAAAAGGAAAUUUACCCAGAGCUUAGGGAAGAGUGAAGACAAUGAGCAUGAAGAGGACAAUGACCCAUCGGAAAGUCAUAGUUCCGGAGGUCGAUGGUCUCGUGACAGAAAGAGCAAAGUUGAGGCAGAGGAAAUGGAUGAUGACGAUAUAAUUGCAGCAUGGAGGAGCAGACAAGAGGAAACCAAAGCAAAACUUCGGAGACACAAAAAAGAUACCUGAAAACGAACCCUGAGCACUUCUUUUCUAGAAUAGUAAUCCUACCACGAUAGCAAUGUCAACCGUCAUAAAAACUGACUUACCCCUAUAUUGUAGCUGCCCUAUGCAUAUCCUUUUCAGCUUUUUGUUUCCUUGUUGGCUUUUCAGUUUUCCAAUUUAGUUGCCUGUGACAACCAUUUCUUUGCAGCUGCCACCUCUCACCCUGACAUUACUAUAUUUCAAUUAGCUGGCAAAAAUAAAAUGCUACACAAUACAGUGUUUUAUAUAAACAUCAAAUUCACAGAAUAGCAACACAAUGGCUCAGCUGAUCCAUUUAUCUGCAAUUGCCAGGGUGCCUACAUAAUUCAUCCGCAUGAAAUGCAUGGCAAUAUUUAUAUCAUAUUGUAUAUUAAACAGCAGGAUUUAGCAGACUACGGAUUGCUGUUAUUAAGUGUAAACGACCUACACAUUUUGUAAUUAAAAUAAUUUUAAUACAGAUUAUUUUUUUUAAAGAUGAAAGCAGUCUUUAUAAAAUAUCCAAUUAUGUGAUUGCCAUUUAUGAAGUUUAUAAUGUAACAUUUUGACAAUAAACAGUAUUGUUUUCAUGCUCUAA